GCGCAGCGCGUCUGCUGCAGACCUGCAGUGUACCGAGACGAAGCGGCGCCGCCAGCUCCCCAAAACCUCGCCACCUCUCCGCCCUCGCCAGAGAAAAAGCAGAACGAAAAGGGGGGAAAACAGAGCUCAAGCACUCACCGCAGCAAUGGCUCUCACCGCUCGCGCCGCGCUCGUGCGCGUCCUCCCUCCGCGACCCUCACCGACCUCGCAGCUCAAGCAAGGUUUAGGCGGCCGCGGCCGGGCCUCGCUCGCCGUGCGGGUGAAGGACUCCGACGACUACGGGGCCCUGCUCUCGGAGAAGCCCGCGGCGCAGGCGAAGCGGGACGGGUGGGAGGGGUUUGGCCGGGGCGUGACCAGUGCGGCGGAGGAGGAGAAGGAAGAGGAAGCGCAGAGCGAGCCGGCCUCGUGGGAUGUGCUCAACCAGAUCGGCGUCGAGUUGGACUCUGACAAAUCAUAUUCCGCCCUCGUAUAUGGCACAUCUGCUCUUGUUGCAAUUUGGAUAUCAUCAAUUGUGGUUUCUGCACUUGACUCAGUCCCUCUGGUUCCUCAGGUGAUGGAAGUUGUUGGCCUUGGCUUCACAAUUUGGUUCACAUCAAGAUAUCUGAUAUUUAAGGAGAACCGUGAUGAACUUAUCACCAGAGUUAGCUCCAUCAAGAAGCAAAUAUUAGGGUCUCAUGAAAACUGAGCGUUACUCUUACGUUCCGUUAAUCCGUACUGGGUUUUAUUGAAAACAUUGUUCUAAAUAAUUAGCAGUCUUUUUUGGACUUUUCCUUUCACUAAUCUAAAAAGUGGCAGUUGGGCUAUGUCAUUUCCAAUUAAUUUAGGUAAGGGCAGGCCGCUAUGCGAUUCUCUUUU